CACGCCAGCAAAUUCGAGGCUGGCUGCAGCCCUUGUACACCUCGUUAUUUUUGAUUGAUCGAUAUCUGGCGCUUCACAGAAUGAUGCCUGGGUGGACAGCUCGGUGGCAUGUAAGCCGAGUGGCUUGUUUCACGGUUUCUUUGCGUCUCUUAUCUGCCUUCAGUUUUAGGUAUCUUCGCUUCUUCCUUCGCUUCAUGGCAAGACAGUUCCUUUCCAGGUCUUCAGCACCACCGCCACUCUGCACAGCAAGUAGACCCAAUGUUACUGGGGCACUUCUUCCUUCUUUCAUUCGUGACUGUUCUUUUGUCGGAGUAUUAGAUCAAUCAUGGACUUUCUUUGGAAAAGUACUCAGCUUGCACCCCAGAGGUGGUACUGCACACUUUGGCUUCUUUGUCAACACUGACCAACACCCAACCAUACACAAAAGGCAACACACCCCCACGCCGAAUGAAGCCCUCUGCAGCCGAGUAGGACAGAACAGGGAUCGUGUUGGAGAAGUAUUUCUUCCCCACAUUUAGCUACUCUUUUAGAGCUUCCAAGGCUAGCGACCCAAUGACGUCGUCCCCCUCUGUUCUCAGGAUGCAG